AUGCCACAAACACCCUCCACCACACCUGCUCGCCCAGCCAAUAAAACACCAAACUCAUCUACCACACCUUCUCGUCCAGUUAAUAACACACCAAAUUCAGCAACACCUUCCAAUGACCCCUACAGGGAUAUGCGACAGCUUCAAGCGCGGUGGAACCAGCUAUCAAUAAAUAGUGGUGAGAGUACUCCAGAGAACACCCCCAGUCCCAAACGACGUGUCUACAAACCUCGAGCCCGAACUAAAAAGAAGCCUGAAGAUAUGUAUGCAGCCAUCAAUCUGAAAAAAUACAAAAUCUCUAAGUUCCUCAGUGCAUCUGCGCAUGACUUAUGCUUGAUAUUAAUGGGUCGAGCCACUCCAAGGUCACCAUUUCCGCCACCUCCCGAUCAAUACUACAGCCGUUCUUUACAACAAUUCAAGCCUAUAGAUGAAUAA